AUGGCCUCGCAACAAGCUAAUCAACCUCUCCUGAGCUUUACUGGAGAGGUCAUCGUUUCCGCGCUCGAGUCCCAGCGAAGCUUCUCAUGGGACUUCCAGGCAGAACCGGUACGCGUGGUGAUUUGGAAUAUUGAGGGGCUGCUGCGGGGCGCCAAGUUCCCCGAUGACACGGCGGUCGCAGUUCAUUAUUUCUCACCACCUGACUACUUCACAUGCAGAUCUAUCUCCCAGUCUCCUCUUAUUUUGGGUAUACGAGGAGAAAUCGUUGCUGCCGUCAGGCCGAUGAUACGGCCGAAUUACCUGCUCGAUUGCCUCGUUAGGCAGGAGCGGCGUGGCCAGACCGGGCUGCUGCGCGAAUUCUCGGCCUCGAGUACUCUUGUCGGUUUCGUUUGGUCGAUCAUACAACCUGAGAUGCAUGUGAAGGGGCUGAGCUUGGUUACGAAUCCCCUCUGGGCUGCGGAGCAUCUAAUCUCACGAUCUAGCCAUCGAAAGCGCCUUGCGAUCAUGAUUCGUCUAGAUACGAGAGCUCGGCGUAGGAGCCUACGGACCCAGUGUACGGGUUGA